AUGACUCCAAAGUAUGUAUUAUUUCUUUCCCCCAAUUCUCUCACCCCCCCCCCCCCUCUCUCGUCCUCACCUCCCUGCCCCCUGGCCAUCUUCCAGGUGGUAAUUCAGGUGUCUUGUGGAGACUCACACGCUGCUGCUGUGUCCAACACUGGCCUACUACAGACUUGGGGGUUUCACACUGCUGCUGUUGAUGCCCGGGGCGAGAUGUACACGUGGGAAGGAGGGUUACUGGGGCAGCUGGGCCACCUAGGCAAGGACCAGGUACACGUGGAGAGGGGGGUUACUGGGGCUGUUGGGGCACCGGACGUUGUAGGCUCGGGGAGGCACAUGGGCUCCCUCUUCAUCCCAGCAUCCCACCCUCCCUCUUCAUCCCACCAUCCCACCCUCCCUUUACAUCCCACCAUCCCACCCUCCCUCUACAUCCCACCAUCCCACCCUCCCUCUACAUCCCAUCAUCUAACCCUCCCUCUACAUCUGCGGUAUUGGCAGGGACGGGCAGCUGGGCACGGGCCCCACCUCCUGCUCAACUAA